UUUAAAAUGUUAACGCUAGAACUGGAUGCAGAAGUCCAUUAUCAGUCUCACCCAUGCUGUGUGCAGAGAUAAAGGAGCUUCACACUACUUCCCUGCAUAUAAAAACCCCCCCAACAAAGUCCACAAGUGUCUGAGGAGGAGGGGAAACAGUUGUGGGUCAACCUUUAUUCCAAAGCUUCUUUAGUUAAGGACUCUUUUGUAAGAAAACCCUAGUAUCUUUAUUCUGAAAAUGGAGAAGCUUUACCAUAAAUGGGCCUAAGUGACACAUUCCUGCCAUGUUAGUACUUACAAGCUGAGGUUUACAUCCGUUUCGUUAUGAAGAAAUGGCCAAGUGCUUUCUUUUGAAAAUGGCUUCUUUGACUUCUAAGUAACAUUUUGCACUGGACAAUGAAGAACUCAGUCAGGUGCACUGAGAAGAUACAGACUCCAUUCAGCUGAGGAAAUGGAACAGUAGAAAUCACCCAUCAUUUGCAAUAACAGCGAGAAAGAGCAUACUGGCAUUAACUGAAGUACUGAUAGAAAACGGAGGUCCAGGUGGGAGCUAAACAGCACACCAGGGUUGAAAAACAAAUCCUGAACUAGAAAAUGCAAAAAUCCUUGGCUGCUGACAUACAAAUGAGUGAUCCACUAAUGCUACAGAAUAGGUGAAUAGAUGCAUGUUUCACAGAGGAAGAAUAAAAGAAAACCCAGAAUACAAUGGGGAGAGAAGUUCCCUUCCUGAGUCCCUGCAGGUGACCAGCUGAAACCCUGAAGCAUGAGAUUUAGGGAACAUAAGACACAGGACUGGAAGGAACCCCAUGUUCCACUGAACUCAGCCCCUUGCCUCGGCAGGUGCGGUGACACUCAGCAUUGCAACACCUAAGUCCGUUUGUGGAUCCGAUCCAAAGUGCUUUACAAAAAGGGAGUAGCACCAUUAUCUCAAUUUUUAGAUGGAGAAACUGAGCAGGCAGAGUGCCUUGCUGCAGUGAUUAGGACUGGGAAACAGAUCUGAUUCCCAGACUUGUGUCAAGCCCAGUUCUAGUUGCUAUCCGUGCUCUUGCUGUGAUUUGCACCCUUACUGCAGAAUUCAGCCUUGGGAAAUGUCAGGUGUGUGGCCUCGGGGCAGGACUGGCACCAUGCCGGGUGUGCUGAGCAUGCGGAGCAAUCACGCCGGCUUCCAGGGUAGCGUAAAAACCUCUGCCAAUGACUUUAUUGUCACAGAAAUUGAUACCCUUGGGCGGCUGCUUAGCGAGAGCACAGCCAAGACUCCUCGUGCACUCGGUGACACGCCUGCAGCCCCAGAAAGCUGCUACCCACAGAGCCCCUGCAGGUCCUGUCCAGAGCCUCUGGAGCUGCGCAGAGAAGAGGUGCUAGGUCCAUUCAACAGCCCCAGUCAUGCUCCAGUAGAGGGCCUGUCACCAGCCAAAGGCAGCACAGAGCACGUGGCUGGAACUGCACCCGAAGGUGGGCACCAUGAAGUAGGUACAUUGGACUCCUUGUUAGACGAGUCUGUGAAUGAACUAUUGAAUCAGUUUGCUUGUAACAUAAAAGAUUGGUGGGACUCAGAACAUGAUCCAGCCGCUCAUCCCACCGAGUUCUCACUGGGGCCUGUCCUUGACAAGAGGAAUCGAGCUGAUUUACACAGCGCCAUUAGACAGAAAUUUCCUUUCUUAAUGACUGUUACAAAGAAUAAUGAAAUUAUUGUCAAAGCAAACACUGAUUACAAACAGCUCUGUCAACUAGUGUCUGAGGAGGAAGCAUUUGAUUUUUUAAAAUUUUUAGAUGCAAAACUGGAAAACUCUAAAUUUUCUUUUAAGCCUGAUGGGAAUAAGGAGCACAGAAAGGCAGUCCACCAUUUUGUCAGUCAGAAGUUUGGAAAACUUGUAGAAACAAAGUCUUUUUCUGUGACAGACUUAAAUGGUCAGCAAAAUGUAGCAAUCAUAGUAAGGUUUCGGGAGAAGAGUUUGUCCAGGAAAAGGCCAGCUGCGGAUUGCCAGGAAAAACAAGAUAUUUAUACAGGUUUUACCCUUCGAAAAGAAAAUCUGGAAACACUAGAAGCAAUUAGCUAUUUGUCUUCUGAACUUGGUGUGCUUCCUUCAGACUUCAGUUACACAGGCAUCAAAGACAAAAAGGCCAUCACCUACCAAGCUAUGGUUGUGAAAAAAGUGACUCCUGAGAGGUUGAAAGAAAUUGGAAGCACAAUUGAAAAAAAAGGAAUGAAAGUGUAUAAUAUCCAUUCAGUGUGCCAGCACCUUAGACUCGGUCAGCUGAAGGGGAACCACUUUGAUAUAAUUGUGAGAGAUCUAAAACCUCAAAGCAAUGACUUUUCUGCAGAUCUGAAAGAGAGAAUAUCUGAAGCAAUUGAAAAUGUUAAGACAAAAGGUUUUGUAAACUACUUUGGACCUCAGCGAUUUGGGCAUGGACAGAAUGUUCAGACAGAUCAAAUUGGACUGGCUUUGCUGAAUGAAGAAAUGGUAAAAGCUGUGAAGUUGUUUUUCACACCAGAAGAUACAGAUGAUCCUGUAAACCAGGCAAAGAGAUAUUUUCUUCAAAGUGAUGAUGCAAAAGGAACCCUGGCAAUGUUGCCCGAAUUUAAAGUAAGAGAGAAGAUGUUGCUUCGCGCCUUGAAUCGCUAUGGUUUACACCACGAGGGUUGUACCCGAGGAUGGCUCAGCAUUCCUCAUUCCAUGCGUAUAUUCUACGUUCAUGCAUAUUGCAGUAAAAUUUGGAAUGAAGCUGCAUCUUUUAGGUUUCUGACGUAUGGUUCAAAAGUAAUGGAGGGUGAUCUGGUCCUCUCUGAAGAUAAUGUUGGUGAAAAUUCUUCUCUGAAUGAUAGAGUUCACGUAGUAACUGCUCCAGAAGAGUCAGCUAACAAAUAUGCAAUACACCAAGUGGUUCUUCCAAUGGUUGGACACAGUAUCAAGUAUCCCAAUAAUAAAGUUGGGCAGUGGUACCAUGAAAGGCUUGCUAAGGAUGGGCUGCAGACAUGCAGCUUCAGGGUGUCUGCAUUACAGCUGAACACACCUGGAUGCUACAGAAACAUUUUGAAAUAUAUCCACAAUCUGUCAUAUCAUUUCUUAGAGGACAAUGAAAAGGCAAUCAAAACUGAAGAAGACAGUCACCUAAAUGAAUCAAAAGCAUCUCUUCUUUUGUCAUUUGACCUUGAUCCUUCAUGUUAUGCAACUGUUUGUCUGAGGGAAAUAAUGAAAUGUGAGCUUUAGAAUGUUCAUAGUAAAACGUUACAGGAGUAACAUAAUCCAUGGAGAUAUUUUACAUAUGUUGUCUAUAAAAUAGGGAAAACAAAUCUUGUUCAUCAUGUACAGUGUAGUUCAGAAAGAAUUAAAGAAUAACUUGGGGUUUUAUUACUAUGUUUUUAAAACUAAAUAUAUAGUCCUGAGUACAUUGGAGCCAAACAGUGCUAAAUUAUAUAUUAUGUCAUAUUUACUUAGCGGAGCCAAGAGCUGCAGGCCUGGCUUUUAGCCAGUGAUAUUUGCACAAGCUUUACAACUGCAUGACCAAAGCUGGAUUAUGGAGAAAGGGGAAUAUGGUGAAUGGUCAUUUCCUCCUUGCCUUUUCUAUUGUCAUCUUAAGGGCUAGUUAUACACUUGGUGCUGUAUAAGACACACAAAGACAGCUUCUGCCACAAAGCGUUUACUGUCUAGUACUAUUUGUCUACUAGGAAAGCUGCCAUACCAUAGUGAAAAUCCAGGCCUGUUGAAACCUUGCUGAGUUCUAUGGCCCAUUCAUCCUCACCUGUUUUCACUAUGCACAUGAACCCAGAGCUAAAAGGAUAUGUGAUGUGAGUAAUAGUGCUGAGUCAUCUCGCUGAUUAGAGGACAUUUCUUCAAGCCCACAGCGUGCUCGUCUUUCUCAUUCUUGUACUGAGGAAUUGAAGGAAAAAAACAGGCUCAAAAUAAAAAUCUGUGUAAAUGGGUACUUCGAGACCCAGGAGUGAGUAUGCCAUUAAUACACUUACAGAAGAGUGUUAAUGUUUUUAUUUCAGGCAGUUAAUGUUUUUAUUUUGUUGCUGGCCAAACCUGCUCACUGCAUAAGUUUAAGGGUGUGAGGAAAUCUUGCAGUGAUUGUCACCGAAACGUUGUCAUUAUCACAAUUAAAAGUUAUUUAUAAUUCUUCUGUGAAAAAAAUUUGUAAAAAGAUGAUAUUGACAUGAAAGGGGAGAAAACUGAAUAAUAAACUAAGAAGCAAAACUAUCACAAAAGCUUUGAGUUGCAUGUGUUAUAUUUAAUCUGUAGAUGGCACUGUGAGUUAAAAAUAACCAGUGGAAGAGAACUACUUUGGCCAUUUUUGAGAGAAGGGAUAUGUAAAUUACAAAUGCUUCAAUUUUGCAUCUGAUGAAGUGAGCUGUAGCUCAGGAAAGCUUAUGCUCAAAUAAAUUUGUUAGUCUCUAA